CAGCACCAGCACCAGUGCGCGCACAGUCGGACAGACACACGGACACCGGGCUCUGUGCUUGUGCGUGUGUGCCCAUGAUCGGGUUGGGAUAAGCAUGUUCACUGGAGGCACCGGUGAAAGGACCAGAACCGUGAUCUCUCUAGUCGCCAUGCUGACAGGCUCAGUUCUGGCCGACAAUCUUCUCUCCUGUAAGGGUAGGUCCUGUUCGCCUCCAGUAUGGCAGAAUGCCUGUGGUCUCCGUAGCCGGAUACUGGCGAGGAAGCGCUACCUCAAUAUGGACAAUGAGAUCUCCCCUGACGGCUUGAGGCAUCCUAGCACGAGACCUCUCAGGAGGGUCCGUACUCAGCUUCGCAUUACAUACAAUCAUUUCCGAAGUGGGAAACUACAGAGAGAUAUAGCCGUCGUGUACUCCGGGGUGAAGAAUCUGUUGAUGGAAGAAUUCCAGUACGACUGGCUGCCGGGUCACCAGCUCGCCUGGUACAGGGAGACAGUCAAGUGUCUCGACAAGAAAUCUAAGGUCGAAGUACUUCUACCGAGUCUGCACGCUGCCCUGCAGAACUUCUCGGCGACAUUCGAGGAACUGAGGAGGUAUAGUGGGAAAUCGCAUCUCAGUGAGCAUCAGGCCAUAUACUACACGAGGCGCCACCUGUUGGCCGACAUAUCCAAUCAGAUCAAGAAGUUGUUGUGUGAAGUGGAGACUGCCAUCCUCAACGUAGGACUACAGCUGCCGGGAUUCCUGUCGGAAGAGGCGGCGUCCGCAAUGAUAUGGGACGUCCAGCCAGAUCACACCGGGGGGCUGAUCCAGGACUGGGGGGUCCUGGCAGCCUACCAGACAUUCCUAGACGAUUGGCUCAAGAUCAUCCGGAGGUUGGUCGGCAACAAGAGCAACCUCCCUUGCAAACCCAAACACAAGAAGCGGAGGAAGUCACAACGCCGAAAGAACAAAGCGGGUUAAGAAACAGUAGUGGACAUAAACACGAACCCUACAAUACCCCAAGUAUUAGUCACCCCGGUGAUGGCGUCUGUACAGUAUUGUAAUAUAUCUUAUUUAUUAUCUUGUACAUCUUGCCCUAUUGUAAGAUCGAAGCGGUGGAAUCUCGACUGAUCACACCUUAUAAAUGUAAAUUAUUAUUGUAAAUCUCUAAAUGUUUUACAGUAUUAGUGAGAAAAAUUAUGCAUUGUUACGACACAUCUUCAUUGUCCAUAAGCUAAAGGACUGUAUUCAUGGGUGUAACCACAUCUUUAAGUGCUCAAAAAUCUUUUAGCUCAUUCAAUUAAUUAAUUGUGUUAUACAUUUUGGCAUAUAAUAUUUUCUAAAAUAUUAAAAGUAACAACACAAAAUUUGCUUGUUUUAACUCACCAGGAUGUUUUAUCUUUCUUCAUGACAUAUUGUUAUUACUUGAGAUAGGUAGGGUGUGUUUUAAAAGAUUCCGUUGUAUUUAUUUUUCUGAUUGUAUAUAUUACUAAAGUUAGUUACAGCUAUUUACAGUUAAGUAUUAUUAUCUCAUAUAACAUAUUUCUUACGUCAUAUAUAUCAAAACAUGAAUAUUUACAAAUUAAGAAGUACUUAUUUAGUUGUUAUUUCAAUAUAUAAUUUUUUGAAUAUAUUUAAUAAUGAAAUAUACGGCUUUACACAUUAGCAAAUAUACUUUACGUGAUUAAUGUCAGCAGUAGAAAUUCUCGGUAUUAAAUCCGCUAUAUGUUCUUAUAUUCACCGCAAUUUUUAUUGUUCGGGCUCAAUAAAUAUUAAUUUUAAUUUUUAUAGCAGAAAUAUAUUUUACAUCUGUGUAAUUUAACAAGUAAUCUUCUUAUAAGUAUACACCAGUUAUAUAGAUAUAUUUAUAUGUAUCCCUAUAAAGUAAUUUUAUA